UAGUAGAAUUUGGUGACUUUCUUUGACAUUUUCUUUCUCUCUCUAGCAUAUAUAGUUAUAUGGCCUCCUCCCCUGAACAUAAUCCAGUUUUCGCCGCCGCCGACGAAGAUCUCGACGAAGAAGACGAAGACCUCGACGAGAGCGAAGAAGACGAUAAUCAUCUCCCUCCACACAACUCAAAACCAUCCCAUCCAGAUCUCCAUCGCGAUAACAAUAAUAACACCACUUCUCCAUCCAAUCACAAGGUAACCAUCGCCUUCGCCGGCGUUACAAACACUAUGCCCACUCCUCCCUCCGCCUCCGCCUCCGCCGCCAAGCAACCUGUCCCCAUUUCUGUAAUUUCCAUGGAUUCCACGCCAGAUCCCAAACGCCCUAAGAUCGAAACGGUGACAAUCGAUGAAGAAGAGAAGGUAAAACCGCUACCUAUACUAGACGAAAGACGGUUGUUCCAGCGACUAUGGACAGAUGAAGACGAGAUCGAGCUUUUACAAGGGUUUCUUAACUACAGUUCGCAGCGUGGAUUUGUGGUCGGAAAUUCUUCUUCUUCUUCGUCACAUCAUCAUGAUACUUCCGUGUUCUAUGAUCAGAUAAAGAGUAAGCUACAACUCGAUUUCAAUAAGAAUCAACUAGUGGAUAAGCUCAGGCGUUUGAAGAAGAAGUAUAGGAACGUUGUGAGCAAGAUCGGUACGGGAAAAGUUCAAACAUUUAAGAGUACCCAUGAUGAAGCAACUUUCGAGAUCUCUCGUCGGAUCUGGAGAGGGGAUGGCGUUCAAUAUCCUGUUGGAGGAGGAGGUGGGUUUGAAGAAGAGGAAGAAGAAGAGACGAAUCUGAAUCAAACUCCUAAUAAUGGAAUUGAUUUGAAUAGUGCAGAGAAGAAGAGUUCGGUGGUGGGUAGGUCUAGAAAACGAUCGAGAUCUGUGAACAUUGAGGAAAAUGAAACAAUUCCUCAAUUCCAUCAUCGACAACAUUCAGAUCCAGAUCCGGGUGCAAUGAAAUUGGAUUCUGGGUCUUCUACAAAGAUGGAAGAGAAGUGGAGGAAUCAAAGGAUUUUGGAGUUGGAAGUGUAUUCUAAACGUCUAGAAUUGGUUCAAGAUCAGAUUAAGUCUGCAUUAGUUGGGUUGAGAUCAGUUGGUAGUUCAGUUCAUCCUUGAAUAUGGUUCUUUCUUCUUCUUCUUCUUCUUCAAUAAUGGUGGGUGGUGGGUGGUGGGUGCUUUUCAUUUUCUGCAUUUCUUAGUUAGCUAGCUAGUUAAUUGUUCAAGCUUUUCUUACUUCUUCAAUGGUGGGUGGUUGUUUCAUUAUGAUGGUUAUUGCUUCUUAGAUAGUAGAUACACAUUAUUAUGCUUAAUUGUUCUGUUAUGUUCUAAGAACUACUCAUUCUAAUAUUAUAUAUUUAUAUCUUAAAUCUUCAUCUGAAAUCUGAAUC